CAACAGUCAUCUCGCAGAGCUCGAGCUGGAGUGUUCGGUGCGUGCGUGCGAGGAAGCCGCUCGUGAAACGCUGCGGUUUAUCUUUCUUUUUUUCAGCAGCUGAAAGUUCUGUCGGUUAUUUUAACAUUCAAACCUUCCUCCCCUUGUUCGGCGUCUCACUGGUGUUGCGCGCUGAGCGCGGCGUUUGAAAAGCGGCUCUACUAUUGGAUUUUAACCAGCACAUUUCUUCAGAACACUGCGUCAGAAAUCCGAAUGCUGAGUUCUGGGAUAUGCCGGUGUUAAACACGAUGAAUAUGCAGCCUACGACAUUUUAAGCUUGGGUGUCAUCUUUAUGGUGUCUACAAAAUUUCAGUCCGUACGAAGAAAACCCAGUUGAAAUUUACUCCGCGAAGGCUGUUUAUAGAAGUCAUGCAUUCGGCAAGCCACAGAACGCUGCAAUGCUGAGUGGCUGGCGUUAUAAAAGGUGUGCCGUAUGAACUAGCUCGCGAGUCGCGCCGGUCCCAGGUCUCACGAUGAGGUGGUGCCUGCUUCUCGCGCUGGCCCUUGUCGGAGCGGGAGCCGUCGACGUCAGCUGGACCAACUGCCCUGUCAAUUGCAUUUGCCGCUGGGUCUCGGGGCGCCGUGCGGUGGAGUGCACUGACGCCGGCAUUACGCACAUCCCGACCGACCUCAGCUCCGAGAUACAGACCCUCGACCUGUCAAGCAACUCCAUUCCUUCGCUGCCGGCGGAGGUCUUCAUGAACGCCGGCCUGAUCAACCUUCAAAGGCUGAUCCUGCGAAACUGCAGCAUAACAGAAGUAAACGGCAAUGCUUUUUUCAGACUCGAAAUCCUCAUCAUGCUCGACCUGUCCCAGAACAACAUCACGUCCCUCAGUCCUUUCACGUUUCGAAACCUCUCCCGGAUCAGGCAGAUAAACCUGAGCCACAACCCUUUGCAGACUCUGGACGAGGGCGUGUUCCUCAAUUUGCACUUCUUGCUGAGCAUCGACUUGAGCGACUGCCAACUGUUCCGCGUGAGCGAGGGUGCGUUCGGCAACGUCUCUAAGCUCAACUCCAUAAACCUAAAGAACAACAACCUCUCGACACUGCAGGUAUCCACGUUCGAGACUGCCCCAUCCCUUGUAAGUCUGUCGCUUUUCGACAACCCUUGGCACUGCAACUGCCGCCUGAGGCCUUUCAUCGAGUGGACGGUGCAACAGAAUCUCAACGAGAUGCCGACGGUUUGCACGAAGCCGCCGGGACUCCAGGGCAAACCUUGGGCGGACCUGACCUCCGACGACCUCUCCUGCAGACCUCGUGUCGAGGUCCCUGGAUCCGUGGUCGUCGCGAGAGGAGCCAACGCCACGCUCCCGUGCAGGGCCCACGGCGACCCGCUGCCCGACGUGCACUGGGUCCGCAACUCGCGCGUCAUCACCAACUCCACGCAAGACAUCUUCAUCGAGUCCAAGUACGCGGUGUCUGCGGGCGUGGACGGGGCGAGGUGGCUGAACCUCACGGUCCUCGGAGUCGACGAGGAAGACGUCGGGGAGUACACGUGCGUGGGCCAGAGCUACGGCGGGAUGGAGGAGCGCGUGUUGAGCCUGGUGGCGCACGACCAGGCCUCCACGGCGGCCGAGAUGGGCGUCGUCGUCGUGAGCGGGGCGGGUUUCUCGCUGGAGGCGUGGUCUCUGGUCAUCGGGCUGGCGGCGGGCGGCGCCUUGGCGCUUCUCUUCGUCGUCUCGCUGUUCGCCUUCUGCUGCGUGCGCAUGCGGCAGAGGCGGCGCGCGCUCGCCGUGAAGAGCGUCGGCGGUGGGCGGCUGGCGGACGGCUCCGGCGAUGACGACGUGCUGGCUGGGGCGACCCACGACGAGAAGUUCCCGCUGACGACGGUGAACCCCGUGCAGAAGCCGCCGCGGCGCAUCGACAGGCUGUCCGUGACGAGUAUGGGCACUGAGCUCACGGAAAUCAAGUCCAGCCUGCUCGAUGGAGGCUCUGUUUACCAGCCCAGCAGCAUUGGCGACAGCGAGGACCGACUGGAGGGUCGCUCCAUCGACUCGGUGGACUCUAACGCGGCCAAGUCUCAGGACGGGCUGGACGCGGAGUCGCUGGCGUCGUACGCCGUCGCCCGCCCUUACCCGCCGGACCUGCUGUCGUUCCCGAGCCACCCCGGGCCACCUCCGGCGACGACCCACCACUACCAUAAUCCGUACGGCACACUGCCCUACUCGCGCUCCCACUCGCCGCUGUCCAUGUGCAGUCUGCCUGCUUCGGCGGCGGUUGCCCGUCCGCGCGGCUACGUGACGGUUCCGCGUCGACCACGCGUACCCAGCUGGAGUAGUCCCGGAGACCCUUACCUCCAGAAGCUGAGCCCGGUGGUGUACGACAAGCUGGGGCCGCGAACCACCGCCGACGGCAGCUCCAUGCUGUCCCUUAACAAGGUCAGCCGCACUUCCCCGGAGGGAACGAGUGCAGGGAGAGUGACCAGGGAUCGAAACUCCGUGGCAUCGGUGUCGUCGCUGGGCGAGGGCCGCGAGAAGGUGCCGCCCCGGCCGCCGCCCAAGCCGAGGAAGAAAAGCAUGGACAUUGUGGCCGGACCGCUGAUAGAAGACGAGGAGGAUGAUGGUACUGAAGUUUGACGAUACCCUACUUUCCAUUUGCUGUCGACUGGGCACUUGCCAUGUGGGGAACAUUAAUGUAACUACUGUCCACUUGUCGAGUGUCGAUGUUUCGACCAUCAGUUUGUAGAACACCCACAUGUAGACAAUCUACGUGUGUACCAUUCAUGUUGGGACACACAAUAAUGGAACCAUUUAUUUUGGAACCAAAAAUUCGUACCAUCAGUCACUGGCCGAGAACUGCGAGAUGGUGUUGCCCCAGCUACUACUGCCCAAGACCAGGCAGAAGAUGCAUGGCCAUUGCGGUCGGACCACUGAUGGAAGACAAGUAGGACGACUGCACUGAAGUUUAAUGUGAUGCUACUUUCUGUUUGCUGUCAACUGGGCACAGGCUAUGUGGGAGAACUAUUGAUGUAACUAUCGCACAUGUGUUAACUAUUGUUCUGUCGACCACCCAUGUUUAGAACACCCACACUUAGUUCAUCCAACAUUCAUGAUGGGACAUACAAAAAUGAAAUCAGCCUAGUGGGAACUUCAAAUUCCCAUCUGUCUAUCUCUGGCCGAGACCUGCGAGAUGGUGCUACCUCAGCUACUUCUACCCAAGCCGAGGAUGAUGAGUGUGAAUCCAGUGGCCAGGCCGCCGAUGGAAUACAAGGAGGACGACGGUACUGAAGAUAAAUGUUACGCUACUUCCCACAUGCUUGGAGACCAUCUAUACAUGUAACAAAACUGGACAAGUGUUGACUAAAUGUGUCGAAUAUCUAUAUAAGUAAAACACUCAUGUGUAGUCCAUCCAUGCUGGGACACACAGCAUUGGAACAAUCCUUGUUGAAACCCUAAACUCAUAAUAUUAGUUACAUCACUAGCCAAGAGCUGUAAGAUGGUGAUGCCCCAGCCUUUGCUGCUCUAGUCAAGGAAGAAGAGUUAUGGUUGGACUGCUGAUCGAAGACAAUAACUCAAGCUCAAGGUUACCUGGGCUCUGGCCAUAUGGAUACCAGGAUGCUUGGACUGUCCACUUUGGGACCAGUAAAAAGUAAACCUAUUUUUCUGUCAUCCGGCCUUGUGGGGUCCUCACCUUCACGUCGUCAGUUACUUGACAGCUUAUGGAUGACGAGUAGGAAAAAAUGGAGGAAAUUUUGACGAUGUCCUAAUUCCUACUUACAUUCGUUAGGAACUAUUGGUGUGGAGAUCAUACUGAUUGGAAAUGGUUCUGUUGAAAGUAGCCAAAAUUGGACAUUCAGUGUUUGAGCAGCUCAUGUGGAGCCCUUAUCUUAAUGUAAUCGAUGAUUGGACAUAUGAUAAAAAGUAAGGAGGGUGACGAAAGCCCAGAAGUUUUAACAUUUACCUCUUGGCCGCUUGCGGUCGUAAGGUACUGGAGAUUUCUGGAAGCCAUCCACAACAAGUUAAGGCCGGCCAUACUAAUAUAAUCAUUUGGAAUUCAUCCAAAUGUUGAACAAGCAAUCGAAGAUCUCAUCUUCACAUCGUCGGUAAUCCGACAACUGAUGAAAGACGAAGAAGUCGAUGUUACAGAUAUUAUCUUUUCCGAAAUGAUCGCUUACUUUCGGCUGAGCACCCACGGUGCGGAGACAUAACAUGUAGGAAUAGGCCACCUGUGAUCUGUCAAUUGUCGAAAAAUACAUGUGGACAGAAAACUUCUUAAAUUAGGAGCUUCCACAAUUUAACACCAUUGGUGUCGUCGCCAAGCGAGGCCCACAAAAUGUUACCAAAGCGGUCAUUUUCUAAGCCAAUGAUGGAAACAUUGGUUUUAAAUAAUGGAACUGUUUAUAAUAGACAAGGACAGAGGCACAACUGUUUCAAUAUUCAAAGACCCAAAGAAUUGCAGUGUGGAGUGAAUUCCAGGCAGUUCCCUACAUUAUUUGAUUUAUUGUGCCUUUAUCAGUUAGGUUACUUCAACGUAAAAUUUUAUACAGUGACUAUUUAGCUUUUGUUUUUUUUAAUGUCUCUUGCAGAUGAAGAGUUUUUAUGAACGUUUCGUCUGUAAGCCAUACAAUAUGUGAGUGUCAUUUUCAGUGUGAUUUUGGAAUUUUAAAAAAAAAAUCUGUUCAACAUAUGUUAUAUUAGUCAGUUAUCGUGUGUUUUAUAUAUCGAGUGUAGAAUUCCUAGCAGUAAACUUUACGUUUGUUGAAGUUACUAAACUUUAUUUUAUUUGCUGUAAAAUGAAGAAAAAAUUGAAUGACAAGAAUUAUAUAUUUUGGAAAUAAAUUUGUAGUUACAAAUUGGAACACUUCAUGCAUAAAAUUUAAACAAAACUAUACAAUAUUACCAUAUGUUAUUCAUCAUAUCAGCUUGAACAUUAUUUCUGACUUGGCUACUGAGCGAGAGAAAAUUUCCUUUCAUUUUUGCUGUUGUUUAAAGUACAAAUUAUUUCAUUACUUAGCAUGUAUAUUUCUCACAUUAUUUGUAUCCAUACAUUAUUAACAUAGAAAAAGUAUGUAAUGAAUAUGUUCAUAUGUAUGUGUCAUAAUGCAAUCAAAAUGUGAGUAUGUUUAACUUCUUAGAUGGAAUCUAAAUGCUUCGCCAAGAUUUAUAUAGUAUGCAUUUAAUUAUAUUUGUAUUUGAAGUAUAUAUACCAAUGGGUUUAGCUGACACGGCUUCUUGUCUUGGAAAGUUCAAAACAGAUUGUUAAUGUAGUUUAAUAUAUAUUCUAUGAUAGAAAUCCAAUCAUAUUGCAAUAAAAACAGAAUUAGUUGCAAAGAAAAUUAACAUUUCUUGUGUGACAGUAAAAGUUCGUAUUUUAUUUAUCUUAUUAAAAACAUGCGUGAGGGUUUUAAGGCCAAUUUACAACAAAUUAGGGCGUCAAUGAUAGAGCUUGGUAAUCUUCUUAAGACCUUUUCAUACAGUAAAAUUAUGAGUAUGGUUAAUCCAUUUAAUUCAAUAUAUUCAAAGACACAUGCAAUCAAAUUUUUCAGAUUAAAUUCAAUAAAAAUU